CACCGUGUGUGGCUCGGGGCGGCUCGGGGCGGCUCGGCUCCGCUCGGUUUGUUGUCAUCCCGCCCUCCACCGGAGCAGAGCGAGAUGAGACCCGGACACCGCGGCGUUUGGGUGCUUUGGCGUCGGACAGGCUGUGCAGAGCGGACCGGGAGGACUGAGCGGACCGGGAGGCAGAGCGCACCGGGACCGGGUCUUAUUCUGCAGCGGGUUCAGAGCUGAGAGGCCCGGAGAGAGACCGAGCGGCCGGAGCAGAGGAGGCGGGCUGCGGUGCACCGCUGGCGGCUGCAGCUCCAGGCUGCGUCCCGCUGAUCUGAGCCCUGCCGGAGCCGAGGGACUGACUCAGAGCCAUGUACCAGGUCCAGGGGAAAGGGGAAAGGGUCGUUGCCAUGGUGCUGAAGGAGCUUCCUGGUAAAAAGACAUCCUCAGAAGGAAACCCCCUCCUCACCGUGACAACCAAGCUGGUCCGGGAGCAGCAGGAGAGUCGACCCCUGCUGAGUCCUUCCAUCGAUGACUUCCUGUCAGAGAGCCGCAGCGAAGCCUCCUCCUCUCGACCCCUCACCUCCAACACAGCAGUUCUGUCCACAGCUCUGGACCUGGUGGACCUCAGCGAGCCGGGGAGAGCAGCACGGUGUCGGGGCAGCAGCAGCAACAAGGACCAGAGGAGGAGCCCCCAGAGGAGGAGCCCUCUGAGGAGGAAGGGCAGCCCGAGGAGCCCGAGAUGCCGGACGAGACCUGACGAGACGGAGCUGAUCCAGGUGGAGGUGGAACACCUGCCUGCCAGUCCCAGAACACCUGAGCGGAUCUCACUGGACUCAGUCAGUCUGUCUUCUCCUCUGGACAAAUGGGACGAGGUGAACCUGGACGUGGAGGACGCAGGACGCAAGAGAUACGAGAAGAGAUGCACCUCCCACCACUCCUCCAGCGAACUGCUGUGGUCUGCGGAGUUUAAAACUGAUCCUCUGACGAAGAACUGCUUCGAAGUCCACAGCUUCGACGAUCUCGACUUCAUAUCUUCAACACAGGACUGCGCGGCGUCCAGACAGCGGCGGCGGACUCGUUCCCUGCUGGCCAGAAAAGAGUCUCUGGAGGACGAGUUUGUCAGAGCGAAGGCUGCUGUUGAGUCGGACACGGAGUUCUGGGACAAGAUGCAGGCGGAGUGGGAGGAGCUUGCCCGCAGGAACUGGUUGGAGGAGUCUGAGGACCAGGGGCCGAUCCCGCCCACCGUCUCACCUGCAGAGAAGGGUUACUACUUCAACACCAACAACCCGUACCAGGACUGGCCCAACGCCUUCGCCGAGGGUCAGGGGAAGGCUCGGGAGGGAGACCUGAACGCUGCCGUGCUGCUGCUGGAGGCCGCCAUCCUGCAGGACCCGCAGGACUCUGAGGCCUGGCAGCUGUUAGGAAUGACUCAGGCUGAGAACGAGAACGAGCAGGCCGCCAUCGUGUCGCUGCAGAGGUGUCUGGAGCUCCGCCCCAACAACCUGCCGGCCCUCAUGGCGCUCGCCGUGAGCUUCACCAACUGCAGCAUGCAGCGGGAGGCCUGCGACGCUCUGCGCCGCUGGAUCAGCCACAACCCCGAUACAACACCUGGUCCUGGACGCAGGAGCUCGCUGCAGGGCUCCCCGGCCACGCCUCGCAGGGGCCCCCACGCCUCCACGCCAGCCAGGUACGAACACCUGCGGGACGUCAGGCGGAGUCAGGACGAUGUUUCCUGA